AUGGAUGUGGGGGACAAUAUCAGUCAAUGUCAAUCUCGCGUGCGCGAAUUAAUACCCGAAGUGGAAGCAGCAUUGAAGCGCGGUGAUCUCCCAGCAGUUCGUUUACUACGGUCGCGGUUAGUGCACUAUCGGGACAGACUAUCCAUCGUGGAUCCACCGGUAGCCUUCCUCGACACACACGCAGCCGUGGCGCUGUUAGUGCAGUUUUCCCUGGAAGAUGUGGACGAUGCGCUAGGAAGAACGAAGAAAAGUGCCAGACCAGUGAACAGUGACAGUGCCAACAGAAGCAGCACCGGUGCAGUUCCAAAAGUGACCACGCAAUCUUCGACCGUGACUGAAGCAGACUUCCUAGGAUUCGACGAGAAUGGAAAUCCAGUCAACCAUUCGGGUACAUCGAAUCAAGCGUCCAUCAUCCACGCUGAGCGGCAACAGCGACAUACAGCAUCUCCAGUGAUCGAUCCAACAGCAGCUAGACCUCAACGCGACAGCUCAACACUCCACGACAACGAGAGAGGCGCUGCAUCAUUGGAAGCCAUGCGUACCACGCGAGGAAGGGGUUGGAGCGCGGUUGGUCAGCGAGUCGUCCCGAACAACAGGUUUGAAGCGCAGAAAAACUCCAGCUGGCGAGAACCAACAAUGGGCAGCACCAUUCCACCACCGCCAUAUGAACCGAUAAGGACCGAAGCGGGCGAAGCUGAUGCGAGAGGUGACUACAACCAACUGCGGGCCGAUCUACUGCGACAGCUGAACUACAGGCCGCAAGAACACGUUCCAAGACCGCUGUUAGAAGAAAGAAGAACGUUGAAGGCCAUCCAUAACUGGCCGUUCAGAUACAAAGGCGAAAAGGAUGGGUCGUCGCUGAACACCUUUCUGCAACGUGUGGAGAUUUUCGCUGCAUCGGAAGGAGUAACGGAGGAUGUGCUGCUGAGGAACGUCAAACAUCUGCUUCUGGACGACGCGCUCAACUGGUACAGCAAUGUAUACGUGUCGGGAGACUUGGUAACCUGGGACGAUUUCAAGCGGCUGAUCAGGCAAGAAUUCUUGCCGGCGAGCUACGCCUACAUUCUGCGGGCCGAAGCAUACCACCGCUUGCAGGGCGAGGAAGAGCCGUUCUCCAAAUCCUACCAGGAUAUAUCCACUCUCUUCCAAUACGUGGAUCCUCCGGUGACCGAUCAAGAGAAGCUGUUCAUUAUCAAGAAGAACAUGAACUCCACGUACGCUCCGAUUGCCGCAUCACACCACUCCAUACGCCUGCUGGUGAAGGCGUGCAAGGAACUAGACGAACUCCGGAAACUACAACAUCAUCAGCGACGGAUAUCGCUACCGUAUGGGGCACUGAUUGAACCAGCGCUGGCUACUCCAAACUCUUCGCUGCGCCCGGCGAAGCCACAACCACCGCUCCAAAGAUUUGGAAAGGUUCACGCUUUGGAAACGGAAAGUUUUCACAGUUAUGGAGAAAGCAGUUCACCAACAGCCUACGGUGCAGAAGCAGAACAGGUAGCGCAGGACGAGGAUAAGAUGGACCAGCGGAUGGAAGCCCUGUUACAGCAGGUGAAUGCGUUGAAGCUGAGAUUCGACCGUCGAGAAGCAGUAGGAAGACAGUCGCCCAACCAACAGUUCCCACAAAUGCCAGCGAACAAUCCUAACAACCAUCGCCAAGUUCCUGAAGCAAACAACGCUCGCGAUCCACCGGCGGCGAUGAUUUGCUGGAACUGUGACGAAGGGGGACACCGGUUCAUGGACUGCGCCAAACCCCAGGCAAUCAACUCACUGAUCAUCAACCCCGACAACGACAAUCGUCCGCACGCAGUGGUAGACAUACUCGGGAAACAAGUUACCGGGUUACUCGACAGCGGUGCCAACUGUUCGAUUCUAGGAGGCGACAGCGUAAAGAUGGCGCAGGAGCUAGGCUUGCAGCAAAUAGCUCUGGUGGGAGGCAUCAAGACGGCAGACGGAACGGAGCAUCGCAUACAAUCGUACACCCGAUUGCCGAUAGCCUACAACAACAAAAAUGAAGUCGUGUCGAUGUUGCUUCUUCCCACUUUGCCGACCUGUGUGAUCUUCGGGAUGAACUUCUGGAACGCCUUCUGCAUAAAGCCUGUCUGCUGCACGAUUAACCUGGAGGCUGAAAAGGAGGUCGUGCCGCAACAAGAAUCCAUGAAGCCGUUGUCAGAAGAAGAGAAGCAGAUACUGGACGAAGCCAUAAGCCACUUCCCGAAGGCCGAACCCGGAAGACUCGGAAGAACAGACCGUUACGUACAUCGAAUCGACGUUGGAGAAGCGAAGCCACGAAAACAGCGCUAUUAUCCCAUGUCCAAGUAUGUUCUCGAAGAGGUGAAUAAGGAGAUCGACCGGAUGCUGGAGCUCGACGUGAUAGAAGAGGCACUAUUCUCGCCGUGGAACAACCCUCUGGUUGCCGUGAAAAAGAAGACCGGUCAGUACCGUGUUUGUCUAGAUGCCCGUCACCUUAACUCGGUGAUGGUUAACGAGGGGUAUCCCAUCCCACAGAUAUCGGCAAUCAUGAACAACCUCAGCGGAUGCACCUACAUCUCGGCGAUCGACCUAAAAGAUGCCUUCUGGCAAAUGCCAUUGGAAGAGAAAUCCCGGCCGGCGACAGCUUUCACAGUGCCGCAAAGGGGUCACUUCCAGUUCAAGGUCGUCCCCUUCGGACUGUGUACAGCAAGUCAAGCGCUGGCACGGCUGAUGACGCACAUCUUCGCCGACCUGGAACCUCACGUGUUCCACUACCUGGACGAUAUAAUCAUCUGCUCACGCACCUUCGACGAGCACAUCAAGCUGAUGAAGGAAGUGGCAAAGCGGCUAAGGGACGCGGGACUGACUAUCUCCGCCGAAAAGUCGAAGUUCUGUCUGGAGGAGAUGAAGUACCUGGGAUAUGUGCUGAAUCAAAGCGGAUGGAACGUAGAUCAGGAGAAGAUUGAGUGCAUCGUGCGUUUCCCAGCCCCGCAAUGCAGGAAGGAGGUACAGCGGUUCUUAGGGAUGUGCAACUGGUACCGCAGGUUCAUUGCGAACUUCUCCAGAAUUGCAGUACCGUUGACGGAGCUGACGAAGACGAAAACCAAGUUCCGGUGGUCGAAAGAUGCAGAAGACGCGUUCCUGAAACUUAAAUCAGCCUUGGUAGCAGCACCAGUCCUAGCGAUGCCAGAUCACACGAAACCGUUUGCCAUUGCAUGCGAUGCGAGCGAUGUAGCGAUUGGUGCGGUACUGACGCAGGAGACAGACGGGGAAGAACAUCCUAUUGCCUACUUCUCCCAGAAACUGUCCUCGUCAGAGCGAAAGUAUUCUGUGACAGAACGUGAAUGUUUGGCCGUCAUCCGGGCGAUAGAGAAGUUCAGAGGGUACGUAGAAGGCACGAAGUUCACGGUACACUGCGAUCACUCUGCCUUAAGCUAUCUGAGAUCAAUGAAGAACCCUACAGCACUCAUGAGUCGCUGGAUACUCAGAUUGAACGCCUUCGACUUCGACAUCAAAUACCGGAAGGGAGAAAUCAACACGGUACCGGAUGCUUUGUCCAGAAUUGUCAGCACGAUGGUCUUCGCUGCAGAUGCUUCCGUCGAUCAGUGGUACCAGAAGUUAACGGAACGAGUGCAGCAAGACGGGGCCAAGUUUCCGGACUUCCGUCUGGUGAAUCAAGAGCUUUACAAGAACUGCAGCUGUAGGAAUGAAGAAGGCGCGCUGACACACCGGUGGAGGAAGGUAGUCCCGCUAAACCAACGAGCUGAAGUGAUUGCGAAGUUCCACGACUCGACAUCAGGAGCGCAUCUCGGAUUCCAAAAGACAUGGCAGAAGCUGCAGAACCACUUUUACUGGCCGAAGAUGAUGGAGGACGUCGCACGGUACGUGAGGGGAUGCGAGACAUGCAAAGCCAGCAAAGCGCCGAACAGAACAAUGAUGCCGAACAUGGGUGGUCCCAAACCUGCCCGUGUGCCUUGGGAAUUGGUGUCGGUCGACUUCGUAGGUCCUUUCACUCGCUCUCGUGCCGGUAACACCGUGAUGCUCGUCGUAGUGGACUGGGUGACGAAAUACGUUGUCGUUCAUCCGAUGAGAUCUGCGGACUCCGUCAAAAUGGUGGAAUUCCUAGAACAGCACGUUUUCCUACGCUACUCUCGACCACGGAUCAUUCUCUCGGACAACGGGAAGCAGUUUCUGUCGGCUGCCUUCAAAGCGUUGAUCGCCAAGCAUAACAUCAUUCACAUGAAGACUGCGUUCUACUGUCCGAUGGUGAACAAUGCCGAGAGAGUGAACAGAGUCCUCAUCACCUGCAUACGAGCCCUGUUGGAUGAAGAUCACCGAGGCUGGGACGAAAACCUGCAAGCGAUCGUAGCAGCUAUCAACGGAGCGAAGCACGAGGCGACCGGUGUCAGCCCGCACUAUGCGAACUUCGGUAGGGAGCUGAUAUUGCACACUGAUCUGUAUACUCAGCAGGAGUUGAACACGCCCGACGAUCCGAAAGUGGCGCAGGACGUACGGCUAUCGGCGAUUCGUCGCAUCCACCAGUUCAUCAUCCAGCGCAUAAAGAACAACCACGAAAAGACGAAGCAGCGAUACAAUCUGCGGACACGCGACAUCGUUUUUAAGGAGCGAACCAGCACAGCCAUGUUACAUAAUUUUAGUUCGUCUUUCUCCGAUAAUUAA